AUGGCACAAGCUGGUGAGAGAAACAUCAGCUUUAGUGCUGAAGUGGAGGCAGUGGAUGCGGCCAGUAGUGCGUGCUUGAAACCUGCGCGAGAUGUUCGGGAAAGGACGCCAACAGGCUUUAUCCAAGAUGUUCAAGUUGAUGUGGACGAGAAGUCCGUGAAGUUUGGCGACGAUGUGUCAUUUGUCCCGGCAGCCAGCUUGACUGCACUUCCGGGACAAGGGCGAAACCUUUCUGAAAGGAUUCCGACUGGUUUUAUCUCCGAAGACCCCACAGUGGCGACGCAGCACGACGAAAAGAACAUCAGCUUCAAUGCGGAGGUGGAAACCAUGGAUGCAGCCAGCAAGGCUUGUACUGGACCAGUCCGAGACAUUCGAGAGAGGACACCGACAGGAUUCAUUGACGACACGCAGAUGGAUAAGGACGAGAAGUCUGUAAAGUUCGGAAAUGGUGUAUCAUAUGUGCAAGCAGCUAGUUCUGAGGCACGACCAGGACAAGCAAGAAGACUUUCUGAGAGAAUUCCAACUGGUUUCAUCUCAGAAGCUCCAGCAAUGCUUGCGCAACAUGAUGCAAGAAACAUCAGCUUUAGUGCUGAAGUGGAGGCAGUGGAUGCAGCCAGUAGAGCGUGCUUGGGACCUGCGCGAGAUAUUCGAGAAAGGACGCCAACAGGCUUCAUCCAAGAUGUUCAAGUUGAUGUGGACGAGAAGUCCGUGAAGUUUGGCGACGAUGUGUCAUUUGUCCCGGCAGCCAGCUUGACGGCACUUCCGGGACAAGGGCGAAACCUUUCUGAAAGGAUUCCGACUGGUUUUAUCUCCGAAGACCCCACAGUGGCGACGCAGCACGACGAAAAGAACAUCAGCUUCAAU